CAAUCCGUUUGUACCUACCUCGUCCUCGUCCCCCACGACCCGCCAUGGAUCGAGCCCAAAUCAUCGCUAAACCCUAACCUUUUGAUCUGAUUUGCCCCUUUCUAUUCAUGGUUUUAGAGGUUUCUGGUGUCCGAGAAGUGAAGGAAGAGAGUACCUCUGAUGGAUCCGGCAGAAGCCUUUUGCGGGAUUGAGCUGAAGAAAGUCGGCGUCGCGGGGGGAUCGGGUCGCCGGAAUAGGAUCGUUCGGGUCUACUUCGAUGACGCUGAUGCCACUGAAUCGUCGUCGGGCGAAGAGGAGCCUGGAGCCCGGCGCCGUGUGAAGCGGUACGUGCACGAGUUCAAGAUCGAAAUGGCCCGCGCGCCGCGGCGGAGGGCCGCGGAGGUGGAAGGAGGGGAGCGAGGGAAGCGGGGGUUCCGCGGCGUGCGGCGGCGGCCGUGGGGCCGGUGGGCGGCGGAGAUCCGCGACCCGCACCAGCGAAAGCGGCUGUGGCUCGGGACCUUCGACACGGCGGAGGAGGCGGCGACGGUGUACGACAUGGCGGCCCUGCGGCUGAAGGGCUCGAAGGCAGUGACCAACUUCCCGACCGCGAAAGCGGUGGGGGAGGAGGAGGAGGAGGAGCGCGCUUCUCCGACGUCGGUGCUCCGCCACGGCGACGACCGGGAGGCGGCCUUCGACUACACCUUCGACGGGGGAAUGGAAGCCCUGGUGCUGGGUGCGGACGAGUCGCCGCAGUUCAUGGCGGAGUUCUACUGGCCGAGGCCGCGGCUGUUGGAGGUGGAGUUCGGCGAUUUGGAUGCCAACGACUUCUCGUAACGGAACUCACGGACGAGGUUUUUUUUACCUGGAAUGACGAAACCGCCGUCACUGUUUCGUCGUUUUGGCGAGUUAAAGUGCUUUAUAAUUUGGUUUGUCGUAUUUGGCCGACAACAGUGGACGGGAAGGUGAGUGGAGAGUGAAGUAGCUGGUGCAGGGAGAGAGUGCGUGUGUGUGUGAGACGGCGUCGCAUGCUCGCCUUUUCUUGGACGUGUCAAAGCUGUGAGUUAUUUGUAGUAUUUCUUUUUUUCUC